AUGAUCAUGCAUUCCAGCAGCCUGUUUACAAAUCCAUAUGCAAUCCAAGUCCUGAGGACCAAAAAGCAAGAGCUAGUGGAAGGCAUAAACGACCCAGAGCAGCUCCUGCACUGGCUGAUAGAAAAUGGAUCUAUUUCUGAGUUGGAGAGAACACUGAAAGACAAUGGUAUCGAUGCAUUGAACUCUUCCAGUGAGACACUUCUGCAUGUUGCAGCUGCUCACGGACAUGUACCCAUCAUGGAAUAUUUGAUCAGCAAAGGUGCAAGGACAGGGGUGAAGGACAGGAAAGGCAGAACAGCUCUGCACAGAGCUGCUGAGAAAGGCCAUGGCAAUGCAGUCAAAGUGCUGCUCCGAGGCAGAGCUUCUAUGUACAGUUUGGACAUGGAAGGCAAGACACCACUUCACGUGGCUGCAGAGAACAACCACAGUCACAUACUGAAGAUGCUCCUGAAGGAAGAGGCAAGAAGCUGCAGGAACCAGCAGCACUUCUUGCACAUGGCAGCUGCUAAAGAUGAGAGUCGUCUGGCCAAGAUGCUUUUAGAGGCUGGUGCUUCCCCAGAUGGAAAGGAUGAGAGAGGACAGACUGCUCUGGGUUAUGCUGUUUCUCAGGGGGCUGAAAACACUGCAAAAGUACUGCUAGAAGCUGGAGCCACUCUUGAUUCCAGCAUGGUGGAAAGAGCCUUUAACAGCAACCACCCAUCCAUCCUCAAAACACUUCUGGAAUACUCUAAAGGUUUGCCACCUGACAUCAUGGAGGCAGCUCUUUUUAGAGCAGUGCAGAAGAACCUGCCUGGUGUUGUGGCAGCUUUGGUCAACAGAGGCACAGAUGUCAAUGCCCGCAAUGAACUGCAGUACACUCCUCUGCUGCUGGCGUGUGAAAUGGGCAAUGCGGAGUCAGCACAGCUUCUGGUGGAAAAGGGAGCAAACCUGGGAAUAAGGACUCCUGCUUCAGACACAGCUUUGCAUCUGGCAGCUCAGGCUGGAGCUGCUUCCAUCACAGACCUGCUCCUGCGCCAAGGAAUGGACCCAGAGCUCAGGAACGAAGCUGAGGAGACACCUCUCCACACUGCUGCACUCCACAACAAGGGAGCGCUCGUUGGCCUUCUGGUCAGUGCUGGGGCCAAAAUUAAUGCUGUCACCAGAGACUCUGUUACUGCCCUGCACAUUGCAAGCCAAAGAGGUAACACUGAUGUGGCCCAACAGCUGUUGCAGCACAGAGCCCAUGUUAACAUUCAGGAUAAGCAGUCAAAGUGCCCUUUACACUUUGCUGCUGAGAGGGGAGACAGAACUAUGGCAGAGAUGCUCCUGAGGGCUAAAGCUGACCCCAAUGCACAGGACAAGGAGAAGAAGACUCCCCUGCACACUGCAGCUCUGAGAGGACACCUCAGCAUCGUGGAAGUGCUGUUGGCUAACAAAGGGAGGUGUGGAGCUAAGGACAUGGAUGGCUGCACGGCACUGCACUGCGCUGCCAUGAGAGGAGACACAGAGACCGUAAAAACUCUCCUGGAGUCAGGGAGCAACAAAAACAUCGAUGGCAGAAAUGUUUGGAGAAAGACAGCCCUGCAUGUUGCAGCAGAAUAUGGACAUGGGGAGUUGAUAGAGCUCCUCCUGAGCCAUGGGGCAGCCAUCAAUGCCUUGGACAGCAGCAAGGACACUGCCCUGCACUGUGCCUGCAGGGCUGGCAACCUCCGUGCAGCAAACUCCCUUCUGAGCUGGGCACGGGGGGAAAGGGCAAAUCUGCUUGCUGCCAACAGUCUCCACAAGACACCACUGCAAGUGGCAGAAUGCAGUGAAACAAGGAAUCAGGCACAAAUUGUGAGGCUUCUGAAAAAGAAAAUGUUACUAAUGAAAUGA